AUGGCGAAAAGAGUUUCCAAUUUUUCAAAAACUGAGGAAAAGGUUUUAUUAGAUUUAGUUUAUAAAUAUAAGGACUAUUUAGAAUGUAAGAAAACGGACAUGACUAAUAAUAAAAUGAAGUGGGACGCAUGGAUGAAACUAGCAAAAGAAUUUAAUUCUGUUAGCGGGGAAACUGUGCGAGAUGUUAAAGUUUUAAAAAACAAGUAUGAAAACUUAAAAAAACGCACCAAGCAAAAAUUUGCAGAAUUAAAACGGUAUUCAAGUGGAACUGGGGGCGGUCUCGCGAAGACGCCAAUUUUCACAGAUAGUGAAGAAGUUCUCCAGGAUAUCAUAGGCCCACAAAUUACUGGAUUACUGUUUUCCUAUGAUUAUGACUCAAGUGAAAGGAAAAUGCAAGAAGUAUCCGCCUCAAAAGCUCUGGACAUCUAUGUAUACUUGCUUCCCUCGACAAGUGGUAUGUAUAUUCAUUUCACUUAUGUUUAA